GCAAUGGAAAGGCCUCUCUUUAUUCACGUGUAAAAUGGUGGGGAUCAUGGCGGACGACGAAUACGAACAGCAUAAUGAUGGAUAUGACUCUGAGGAAGAAUUUAUUGAUGAUUCACAGUUUGAAGAUCCUGAAGAUUAUGUGGAUUCAGUUACAGAGGAUGAGUUAGUUGGUGAUAUUCUUGAACAAAAACCAAAAGAAAGUGACAGUCUUGACACUGUCAUUAUUGUGGACAAUGUUCCUGUUGUUGGGCCUGACCGAUUAGCAAAACUUAAGUCAAUCAUAAGAAAAGUAUUUUCUAAAUUUGGAAAUGUUGUUAAUGAGUUUUACCCAGAAGAAGAUGGCAAAACUAAAGGCUUUGUCUUUCUGGAAUUUUCCAAUGCGUCAGAUGCUGCAAAUGCAAUCAAAACGGCAAAUGGCUACAAAUUGGAUAAAAAUCAUACAUUUGUUGUUAAUUCCUUUUCAGAUUUAGAUAAAUACAAAGAUGUAAGUGAAAAGUGGACACCUCCAGAGAAACGCCCAUUUAUGGACCAGGGAAAUCUGAUUUCAUGGUUACUUGAGCCUGACAGUAAUGACCAAUAUUCUGUAAUAUCUGGAGGAGGCGAGAAAAUUGUCAUUUUGCAGAAUAGUGCUACAGGUGCUACAUUAGUAAAGAAAAGAGAAAAUUGGACAGAAACAUAUCUUAUGUGGUCACCAAAAGGAACAUAUUUGGCUACAUUUCAUCGACAGGGUAUUGCAUUGUGGGGUGGAGAAGAGUUUUUUCGUCUGCACAGGUUUAAUCACACCAAUGUGCAACUAAUUGAUUUUUCUCCCUGCGAACGAUAUGUUGUGACUUAUGCACCAAAUAAUGAUAACACGAUACAAGACCCAUCUGCGAUUAUUAUAUGGGAUAUAAAAACAGGAAUCAAGAAGCGUAGCUUUUUAGCUGGUGGUGGUCAUUGGCCUGUUUUCAAGUGGAGUCCAGAUGGUAUGUACGUUGCUCGAGCUGCCAACGAAUGCCUCAGUGUAUAUGAAUCACCUGGCUUUGGACUUUUAGAGAAGAAAAGCAUAAAACUACCUGGCUUAAAGGACUUCUCUUGGUCACCCACCCAAAACGUGAUUGCAUAUUGGGUACCCGAAGAUAAAGACGCACCUGCUAGGGUGUGUAUAAUGGAGAUGCCCAGUAGAAAAGAUAUACGAGUCAAGAAUUUGUUCAACGUGCACGACUGCAAGAUGCAUUGGCAGAAGAACGGCGAUUAUUUGUGUGUAAGAGUGGAACGUUAUACUAAAAGCAGGAAGGGUAUCUAUUUCAAUUUGGAGCUGUUCAGGAUGCGUGAAAAAAAUAUCCCUGUGGACACUCUCGAAAUAAAAGAACAAAUAACAGCAUUUGAGUGGGAACCAAACGGCAGCAAGUUUUGCAUCAUCCACGGUGAAAGUCCACGCAUUAACGCUAGUUUUUACCAGCUUGAGGAGAGGCAAUUAGGCCAGGUAACGUUGAUGAAAGAAUUGGAGAAGCGAGCCUGCAACACGAUAUCUUGGUCACCCACCGGACAGUUUUGUGUGUUGGCUGGUUUGCGAAGUUUAAACGGUGUGUUGGAAUUUAUCGAUACUUCUGAUGUCUCCACAAUGAAUACUGGCGAACAUUACAUGGCAACUGAUGUAGAAUGGGAUCCAACUGGGCGUUACUUCAUGACUGGCGUUAGCUGGUGGGCUCAUAAAGUUGACAAUGGCUUCUUCAUUUGGUCGUUUCAAGGGAAAAUAUUACAGCGUCAUCUGAUCGAUCAGUUUUGUCAUUUCUUAUGGCGACCUCGUCCUCCGAGUUUGUUGGACGAGAAAGCCAUAAAGGAGGUGAAAAAGGAUUUGAAAAAGUAUCAGAAGGUGUUCGAAAUCAAAGAUCGCAUGUCGCAGACGAAAGCGUCGAAGGAGUUGAUCGAGAAACGUCGCGCGCUUUACAAUGAGUUUGCCGAGUUUAGAAGCAGACAUCAAAUAACAUUCCAAGAGUACAAAGAAUUCCGAGUUGAAUUACGUGAAGGAGUGGACACAGAUAGUUUGGAGAGUGCGUAUGAUGAAAUUGAUGAAGAAACUAUUGAAUUUUUCGUUCGUGAAGAAAUUGAAAUUAUCGACGAUAAGGAAGAGUAAGAAGAGUUGGCGAGGUGAAAAUUUCGAGUUUGUCGUGAAUCCCCCCGAAUUCGAGUAAAGAAAGUAUAUUGCUCUUCCGUUUUAUUUGAUGUUCCUCUUUUCUAAAGUUAAUUUUCUUAAUAAUUCCGCUCUCCAGUCAGAGCUACUUGAAUACAUGUUUUACUGGGACCGAUUGGAACAGAUUUACGAAGUUUGUCUGAUGGCGAAUGUUGUUUUAAAAGACUUUUAUGAAGACAUCUUCGAACAAAAAACUAAAUGGUUUCUCUGGCCUCCGUGGAAAAGGAGAUAAUGUAUUUAAAAAUUAGUUCUUUCAAUAAAAUCAAUAUAAGUUA